GUUUUUUGCAAAUGUUCUUCAAGAGGCUCGUUCUGCUCAACCAUCAGCGAGACCUAAACAAUCAUCAGGUAUCAAUGGUGGUGGUAGACCUGCUCAGGGUCCCCCUCGUGAGGAGAGGAGACCAGUUUCAGCGAAUGGGAGACCGGCUUCCUCUGGCGGUCAAAUGAAUCAUCCGAGACCGGUUCCCUCGGGAAGCCAAAUGCAAAACUCGAGACCGGCUUCCUCUGGCAGCCAGCUGAAUCAUUCAAGACCGGCUUCCUCAGGGAGACCAGCUUCUUCAGGCAGUCAGAUGCAAAACUCAAGACCGGCUUCCUCUGGUAGCCAAAUGCAGCAAAGGGCUAUGUCCUCUGCUAGUCAAAGACCAGUUUCCUCCACAAACCGUCAGGCACCAACAAGGCCACCAGGCUCUACGAUGAAUGGCCAGUCAGCUAACCAGAGUGGCCAAUCGAAUUCCAGAUUAGAGUCUCAGAGAUCAGCUCCUGCGAAAGCUCCUAUGGAAAAUAGGAGACCAAUGAGCAGCAAUGGAGUUGGUCCUGGUCGGUCAGCGUCCACGGGAAGACCUUUGCCUUCUAAGCCUUCAUUGGAGAGAAAGCCCUCCAUCUCGGCGGGGAAGAGUUCUCUUCAAAGUGCUCAGAGACCGUCCUCAUCGAGACCAAUGUCGUCUGAUCCAAGGCAACGGGUGGUGGAACAGAGAAAGGUGUCACGCGUUCCUGCGACAUCCAGGAUGAUCCCAAAACAGUCAGCGCCGAGCUCAAAACAACAGAUGAUGAGCAGGCCGGUGCCCAAGAGACCUCCUUCGCGUGAUAUGGCGGAUGAUCGAAGGCCGCUGAAGAAGAAGAAGCCUGCAAGAAUGUCAGAGGAUGAUAAAGCAUUGUUUAUGAUUAGAAACAUGUUCAAUACCGGUCGUUAUGCUGGGCGUGACGAUGAUGACAGUGACAUGGAAGCAGGCUUUGAAGAUAUCAUGAAGGAAGAGAGACGAAGUGCGAGAAUCGCAAAGGAGGAAGAUGAAAGAGAAAGACUUCUCGAAGAGGAAGAAGAAAGAAGAGAGAGACAGAGAAAGGCUCGAAAGCUUGGCCGUUAA